AUGGCCACGCAGAUGACAGCAGCAGGGCUGGGGCCAGGCGUGGAGCAGACCAAGCUGCUGCGGGAGGAGCCCAAGGAGGAGAAGGCGGCCAAGCCGGACGGCGCCGUGGUCAUCAAGCGGCGGCUGUCGGCGCUGGGGCAGGGCCAGGCCAUCGCCGUGCUGGGCGCGCACGGCUCGGCCGGGGGGCUGCUGGACGAGACCCCCCAGGCCAAGCGCCGGCCCGAGCCCAUCAUGCCGGCCACGCAGCCACGGCUGGCAGGUGCUGGGGGCCGUAAGAAGGUGUUCCGGCUCAGCGAGGUGCUGAAGCCGCUCAGCGAGGUGCAGGUGGAGAAGCUCAAGCUCGGCGCCGUGCGGAGGAUCCUGCGCUCCGAGAGGGCAGUGGCGGCCAGCGGGGCCGCCCAGGCCCGGGUGAAGAUCCUGGCGGCGCUGGUGACGCAGUUCGAGGUGCCCCUCAAGGGCGAGGUGCUGUCCUUCAUCCUGGACGACGUGCGGGGCCGGCUGGAGCUGGCGUUCGCCUGGCUCUUCCAGGAGUACAACGCGCACCUGGCGCGCGGCGGCGCCGGCGGCCUGGAGCGCUACGACGAGUGCCUGAUCGGGCUGCUGGCCGGGCUGCAGGAGAAACCCGACCAGAAGGACGGGAUCUUCACCAAGGUGGUGCUGGAGGCGCCGCUGAUCACCGAGAGCGCGCUGGAGGUGAUCCGGAAAUACUGCGAGGACGAGAGCCGCACGUACCUGGGCAUGGCCACGCUGCGCGAGCUGAUCUUCCGGCGCCCCUCGCGGCAGUUCCAGUACCUGCACGUGCUGCUGGACCUCAGCUCCCACGAGAAGGACAAGGUGCGGCAGCAGGCGCUGCUGUUCAUCAAGCGCAUGUACGAGAAGGAGCAGCUCCGCGAGUACGUGGAGAAAUUCGCCCUCAACUACCUGCAGCUGCUGGUGCACCCCAACCCGCCCUCGGUGCUGUUCGGGGCCGACAAGGACACGGAGGUGGCAGCCCCCUGGACGGAGGAGACCAUCAAGCAGUGCCUGUACCUGUACCUGGCCCUGCUGCCGCACAACCACAAGCUGAUCCACGAACUCGCCUCCGUCUACACCGAGGCCAUCGCCGACAUCAAGCGCACGGUGCUGCGCGUCAUCGAGCAGCCGAUCCGCGGCAUGGGCAUGAACUCCCCCGAGCUGCUGCUGCUGGUGGAGAACUGCCCCAAGGGCGCCGAGACGCUGGUGACGCGCUGCCUGCACAGCCUGACGGACAAAGUGCCCCCCUCCCCCGAGCUGGUGAAGCGGGUCCGGGAUCUGUACCACAAGCGGCUGCCGGACGUGCGGUUCCUGAUCCCGGUGCUCAACGGGCUGGAGAAGAAGGAGGUGAUCCAGGCCCUGCCCAAACUCAUCAAACUCAACCCCAUCGUGGUGAAGGAGGUGUUCAACCGGCUGCUGGGGACACAGCACGGUGACGGCGCCUCGGCCGUGUCCCCGCUGAACCCCGGGGAGCUGCUGAUCGCCCUGCACAACAUCGACUCCUCCAAGUGUGACAUGAAAUCCAUCAUCAAAGCCACCAACCUGUGUUUCGCCGAGAGGAACGUGUACACGUCGGAGGUGCUGGCGGUGGUGAUGCAGCAGCUGAUGGAGCAGAGCCCGCUGCCGAUGCUGCUGAUGCGCACGGUGAUCCAGGCCCUGACCAUGUACCCGCGCCUGGGCGGCUUCGUCAUGAACAUCCUGUCCCGCCUCAUCAUGAAACAGGUGUGGAAGUACCCCAAGGUGUGGGAGGGGUUCAUCAAGUGCUGCCAGCGCACGAAGCCGCAGUCCUUCCAGGUGAUCCUGCAGCUGCCGCCGCCCCAGCUCAGCGCCGUGUUCGACAAGUGCCCCGAGCUGAGGGAGCCCCUGCUGAGCCACGUGCGGGCCCUGACCCCCCACCAGCAAGCGCACAUCCCGCUGUCCACCAUGGCCAUCCUGGAGGCCACCACGCGCCACGAGCCCGAGGGGACACCUGGAGAGGAGAAAGCCCCGAAACGUCCCAGCGAGGAGGAGCCCAAAUCCAAGGGGGGCCCCCCAGCCCCGGGGGGGGGUCCCAGCUCGGGCUCCUCCCCCUCCGAAGCCCCCCCGGAUUUGGGGGGGUCGGACCUGGAGCCCCCCUCCAUCUUCAUCAGCGUCCCCGAGGACGAGGAGAGCUCGGGGGGAGGGGGGGACACGUCCCCCCCCGACGCCGCCCUCGACACCCCCAAGGACCCCCCCGCGGGCACGGAGCCCCCCCAAACCCUGCCCCCCCCCAGCGAGGCGCCCCCCGGCAGCCCCCCCUCAUCAGAGCCGCCCCCCCCCCCGGCACCCAGAGCCCCGAGGUGCCCCCGGGGGGGGUCCCCGAUGUCCCCACCGAGGGCUGAGGGGGGCGGGGGGAGCCUCCCGAGACCCCCAGGCCUGGGGGGGCAAAAUAAAAAAAAACAAAACCUGGGAGAGGAAUCUGGGGUCCGUGGGCGUGGCCCCGCUCUCUUCACGCUCUGA